CGUCCUCCUGCUUUUGCUUUUGUUGGGACAUUUUUUCGUCGUCUCUCGAACGCGUCACUUGUUUUUUUUUGGGGUUUGUUGUUCGUUUAACAGUAUUCGUGAUCUUCCGAGGUUAACGAGGGAAUAAUGUCCGAUUCUGGUAAUUUACAGCUUCCACCAUCAUCGACAGGGGCAAGAGUUGUGGAUGGGCUUACACCUGCAGCUACUGAUGUUGGCUGGUACAUUCUUGGUGGAAACCAGGAGAGCCUGGGUCCAUAUACCUUCCCUGAGCUAUGUGACCAUUUCAGGAACGGUUACCUAUUAGCAACUACCCUCGUCUGGGCUGACGGACGAAGUGAAUGGCAGCCACUUUCUGCCAUCCCCGAGUUAAUGUCAAGGAUUUCUGGAGCUGAGGUUGGCUAUGCAGCUCUAGGUGCAUCUGGGUUGAUAAAUGGAUCUAAUGCUGGAACCAAGCAAAAGAAGCAAGACAAUUCUGCCUUUGCUAGUACCGAGGAUGAAUUUGAGAAAUGGCAGAGAGAGAUUAAAGAAGCAGAAGCGGAGGCUGAAAGGUUGAAAAAUGGUUCUGUCUCUGGUACUGAGCUUGUUGAAGAUGAUCAUGAAAGCGCUUCUUCACCACCAGAGGGCGAAGAUGAGUUCACAGAUGAUGAUGGAACGAGAUAUAAAUGGGACAAAGCUCGUAGAGUAUGGGUUCCUCAGGAUGAUCCACCUCUUGGUAGCGUUGACCCAUACGGACUCGAAGAGAUGACAUUUGCUAAGGAAGACGAAGUAUUUCCAACAAUAAACAUUCUUGAUACUAAGAAGGAUGACUCUGAGGAUGACGUGGCGGCUGGUAAGACAGAAGAAGAUGGCUCUGACGAAACAGCUGAAAUAAACAGUAACGGAAAGAGAAAGCUACCAGAGCCAGAAACUGAAAAGAAGGAACCAAACAAGCCUCCAGACUCGUGGUUUGAAUUAAAAGUGAACCCACAUAUUUAUGUUACUGGGUUGCCCGAUGAUGUCACCCUCGAGGAAGUAGCUGAAGUUUUUUCUAAAUGCGGCAUUAUUAAGGAGGAUGACACUGGUAAGCCUCGGAUAAAGCUUUACAGUGACAAGGGGACAGGAAAAUUAAAAGGCGAUGCUCUUAUCACCUACAUGAAGGAGCCAUCAGUGGAUCUUGCAAUUAAAAUCUUAGAUGGGGCUCCGUUACGUCCUGCUGACAAGCUCCUCAUGUCAGUUUCUCGAGCCAAGUUUGAGCAGAAAGGGGAGAGAUUUAUAACUAAGCAAACCGACAACAAGAAGAAAAAGAAGCUUAAAAAGGUGGAGCAAAAGUUGCUUGGAUGGGGUAAGUUUUCGCUUUUGUGUACUAGAAACUUAACUUAAUCUCUAGAAGAAGACACAUAAUAGAGAAAGAUGCUAGAGAUUCAUUUCCGUACGACCAUUGGAAAGUUUAUCAUUUCUUUUGGUAGGGAAAGAUGUAUAUAUGUUCUCUAUACUUUACCAGAUUCGUUGUGAAAUUUUCUAAACUUAACCAGUACAAGACUCUAGAAACCUUUAACCUAAUCAAUUUUGCAAGGAAACCUUUCAAUGACUAUCAAAAUAAAAGUUUAGAAACCGGAUAUAGCCAUAUAGGAGUUACAGAGAAAUCAUUCUUUUCUUCAUCUUUCUGAUAACUUGUGAUAUCUGAACGUAGGUGGCACAGAUGAUGCUAAGGUCUCAAUACCAGGAACGGUUGUUCUGCGCUUCAUGUUCAGUCCAGCUGAGUUGAGGGCUGAUGAGGGUCUGGUUGGUGAGUUGGAGGAAGACGUGAAAGAGGAGAGUUUGAAGCAUGGACCGUUUGACUCAGUGAAGGUCUGUGAGCAUCAUCCACAGGGUGUUGUUCUAAUAGAUUCAAGGAUCGGGUAGAUGCACAGAAAUGUAUAGAAGCAAUGCAGGGUCGAUGGUAUGCAAAGAGACAGAUACAUGCGAGCCUCGAUGAUGGAUCAGUGAACCACGCUACAGUUAGGGAUUUUGAUUUGGAAGCCGAGCGGUUAGAUCAGUUUGCAGCUGAUCUCGAAGCUGAGUAAAAACAAAAAAGCACAAUGAUCUGAAAAAGCCUGGAAGAUUUAGAUGAUUAGUAAAUCAGUAGGCACAGGACGCAUCCGAAUCAGACAAAGGCAAAAAAACCAGACAAUCGUUUUUAAUCUACUAGUAGUAAUAUUUUACCUGUAGUAGUAGAAUCAACGAAUUAGACUGCACUUGCUCUCGUUGACUAAAAUCUUUACUACUUGGGAUUCAAAAUACGAUAGAAAAUUUCGUAAUAUGCAAUACGAUAGAACAUUUUAAAAAUCAGGAUUUAAAAUCAUGGUUUUUUU